AGCAUGUCACCGCUUGUCGUACAAGGCGACUAAUAGAGACACUCUUCCCAUGCCCCAAAUCGAAGUCUGUCGGUUCUCAAAUAGGAUGCCUUGCCUUUUUUUUAAAAGUUAAUUUGAUCUCUACGGUAAAUCAAAAUAGUUUUGCCAGUCAUAAAUAACACUCAGCCGAUAUCAGUGAGAAAAUCUGUUGGAAAAUCCAUUGAAUUAUAAGAUUACUGAGCAUUUGAAUAUGUUAAGUAAUUUUAUGUUCACAUUCACGUGUGUUAUGCACGUGAAAAAUUUCAAUAUAUGAAUAGUUUCGGACGGAAACUGAAGAUGGGACACGAUAAUAACGUAGUUGGUAAUAUUCUUGAGAGUUUAUUACCCAACACUGUAGUUUAUUAUGCAUUGGGCUGCUUUGCAACCGUUUUCAACACUCACAAAUGUCAAAUCAUUUGAGAAUUGUGCAAAUUCGUUAAUUUCCAUUAACAUUAGACGGAAACGUCAUGUUUGGCAAAUCGGAAAAAAAACAUAAGGAGUCCAAAGAACUCGCCCCCAUCUAUAUCAAUCUAAAAAACAAUGAUGUCCAACACUAUUUGCCGAAUGACGAAAAUGUCAAGAAGCAUAAAAAAUCAAAGCACAAGGAACACCACAAGAAGCACGGCAAGAAGCACAAAAAGCACAAGCAUAAGCACUCCAAAAAGGAAAAUCUACCAGUGCCAGUGGCCCAGCUAGUGCCAGAGUCGUUGCCAGAGCCAGUGCCUGUAGCAGAGCUAGUGCCAGACGUAGAACCAGCGCCAGAGCAGGCGCCAGUUCAAAUCGAGGAGAAACCAUGCGAGCCGACAGUACAGAGCUCAAUGUGGUGGAACUAUGACCAAACGCUGCUCUCUGGCUAUAGCUUUGGCAAUGCGGAUCUCAAUUUUAAUCUGGGUGGUAAUGGGCCGAUGCGCAUUAACCAGCCAAUUAGGCAAUUUUCCACGUUUAUAAUACCAAAGCUGAGGAACAAGCAACAACAAUGCAUGAAUUUAAAUACCCCCUCGGAAGUUUUUACAACGCAACAUUCGCCGGCUAGAGAUUUGGAUUGGUUGCACGAUCAAAACUUUAGGCCCAUAUCGCCCAUUAAGAAAAGUGAUAUAGACCAUUUGCCGACAUCGGAGGAUAUUUGGUUAAGCUACGAAGCAUCCAAACAGGGCGCCGAGCCUGAAUGGCCAAUUUGCUGCACUCAAAAUGCAUUCAGUCCCAUGCCAGCGCCCAAAGCAAGACCGGUUAAGUCAAAGACGGUCGAAAGCACACAGACAAGCCAGUUCAAUGACCUGGAUGAGGUGAUCGCUAGCCUCGCGAACUGGGAUUCUAGCUGCGAGCGAAGAGAGGAGUUUGACCAACAAACGCAACAGGACGCAGCGAGCGUGUCCUUUGUGGAAUUGGAUAGCUUAGACCUGAGCCUGGACGAGGAGCGCGGCCUGGUGGAUUUUCUAAAGUCAAAACGACUCCAUACGCCGCUCAGUGAUAUCAAAGCCUUUGAAAUGCUGCUGAACAUGGCCAGAAGUGAGGAAAAUAGAAAAGCGCUGCAAGAUUUGCUGCGCCCCAAAAUGUUGGUACAGGUAAGGCCAGGUAAAGGCAUGCAUAAGGCGCCUUCAAGGGAAGGACAGGAUACACCCAUGGAGCUGGAGUUAGUUAAGGAAAGAACUGUGAUAGAAACAACGCAGCAGCGAGUAGCUGAAAGGGUGGAGCUCUCAAAUAUGGCACCGCAUGUCAUCAAAACCGAGGACAUGCAGAAGGCCAUAGACUCAAUCAUUGUCAUAGAUCAGCCGCAAGAGCAACACCAACAACAAAAGCAAAAGCUUGACAUCAACACGGAUGAUCAGCCCGAAAACGACCCAAGGCCUGAUCAGCCAUUAAUAGCAAAUGUGGAAAAACUGCCGCAGCUUGUUGCGACGCCAAAGCCGCAAGAGGACGCCGUCCAACUGUGGCUGCAGCAACUGGGGCAAGAUCUGUCCCGCGUGGUACAAAGCCGACUCGACUCGCUGCCCAUCAGAGUGCCAGAACGGCUGCCCAAUGCGGCACACAUAGAGCCCAUAGAUUUCGAAGCACAGAUCAGUGAAACUGCGCAAAUGCAGCCCAAGAUUAAAACGUCAACGGGUGAAGGCCUGCGCCUCGAGUCGGAGCUAAAAAUCACAGCUGUCAUACCGCAGAGCCCGGGGCAAUGGGAGAACAGCUACAAACGACGAUUGGAUGACUUUGAUGACAUCAUUGAUCAGAACAUGACCGAGUUUCGGGAUCCGCAGGGUAAACGCCUGCGCGCUAGCCGAUGGCUAAACGAUGCGGGCAAAAGGAACUUGGACAGUUUGAAGCGUGUCCUGGAAAUGCCAGCGCUGCCAACGCAUCUGGAUCAGGGAUUGCAGCAGCUGCGCAUAUUACGGCCACCGACCAAACGCAAAAUCGAACGCACCAAAAUGCCAGUGGAAAUGAAGCUGGUGCGGGCGUACAGCACGCUGGAGGUGAAUUGCAACUUGGAUAUGAAUCAGCUGGCCCUGGAGCUGGACAAUGCGGUAUACAACAGCGAUAUACAGGUGCUGCAAAUGAGUUACGAUGCCGCCCAAAUGGCUUGGAUUUGGGAUAAUGGCAGCAUACUGAUCAGCAAUGCGCGCAGCAAGGCCAUACUCGUCGAUACCCAAAAGUGUAUAUUAAGCAAAAUACUGGGCGAUGCAGCGACGGUAAACAUGGCCCAGCAUAAUGCAUUGCACUCACAAAUGAUACACAUCGCACAAUUUCCGUGGCACAUUUGCAUUGAGGAGUUCAGCCAAACGUAUUCCCUCAGCUCCGAUACAGUGCAGGAUAGCCUGCGGUAUGCCUACUAUGUGAACAAAAAUAUACCCAGUGUCGCGGCCAAGGUCUAUGAGUCCGGUGCGAUCCAUGUGUUCGCAAUGACCGCUGUCCAGGCUGAUAAUAUGCUCGAGAAGCUGUUUCUGCUCACGGCCAAUCAUCGCAAGUCAAAGGCAAUAAUUCCGCCCAAGCAAAAGUCUGAAUGCAAUGGCACUUUUAUACCAUUGUUUCCCACUUGAGUAGCCCAAAAGAAAUAUGUAUUUACAUUUUUUAUUUAGCUAGCAGUCGUGUCUACAAUUGCAGUUUAUUAUACGUAGACUACCCA